CCUCCUCUCUCCAUGGCUUGCAGGUGGCCAUCAAACGCGUGUCCCGGGAGAGCGUCCUGCAGUGGGACGAGCUGCCCGACGGCACCCGCGUGCCCAUGGAGGUCGUGCUGAUGGAGAAGGUGGGCUCCAGCUGCUACAACAUCAUCCAGCUCCUCGACUGGUUCGAGCUGCCUGACAGCUUCGUGCUGGUGCUGGAGCGUCCGGAGGCAUGGCAGGAUCUCCUGCAGCUCCUGCUGGAGCAGGAGUUCCUGUGCGAGGAGAUGGCGCGCUGGCUUUUCGUCCAGGUGCUGGAGGCCGUGCGGCACUGCACCGCCUGCGGCGUCCUGCACCGGGACAUCAAGCCGGCGAACCUCCUCGUGGACCCGGAGAGCGGCGACCUGAAGCUCAUCGACUUCGGUUGCGGCACCUUCCUCCAGGAGCGGGCCUACACGCGCUUUGCCGGAACGCACGCCUACAGCCCGCCCGAGUGGGUCUGCCUUGGCUGCUACGACGGCCAUGAAGCCACCGUUUGGUCCCUGGGCGUGCUGCUGUACGUCAUGGUCUGCGGGAGACUCCCCUUUGAGGACGACCAUGCCAUCCUGCUGGGGCAGCCCUUCUUCUGGCAGCAGGUCUCUCCAGAGUGCCAGCAUCUGAUCCGCUGGUGCUUGACCAAGCACCCCGCUUACAGGCCACAGCUGGAGGAGAUCUUGCGCCACCCUUGGGUGCAGGGCAGGCGCUUUUGACACCUUGCUGGAGCCCCUGCUGCGCCCACGUACAGAAUCCCACACAGGACUGAGGACCCGAGAAAUAAAACAACAACAAACCCAUUGCAGCUAGUCAAGUCUGGUCCUUGUCAGCAACUUCAGCUAAAGAAACCUCUUGGGAAAAGGGGAGAUCUGAGUGCUCCCCUCAGCCUUUGUCAAGCUUUCCAUGCCUUUCCUCCAGGAUGCUCCUUUUGUGUCUCCAAGCGCAGGCUGUAGUGCGGGUAGGAGGGGCUUGACACAGCCAAGAAAUGCAACAGUGAAACAACAGCUGCCCUUUGAAAGUGACAGGGCCUUCUUGGUGUGUCUCCUGAAGUGACACACUGUCUCUGUGUGCAUUGCAAGGGCUGGCUGGUGUCAGGGACAGAGACGUCUCCUCUCCAAAGCUCUGUGAAGAACCAGAAGCAGCAGAACGUCAUUUCAGGUUGAGCCCUGAUGAACUCUUCCUCUUUCUUUCCCUCUCAUCGGCAGCAGGCAAAUGCGCACCAGGCCUCGUGGCUCAUGCCAGAGCCUUCUUCCUCCCCAGGAAGCCUCCUCCCAGUAAGGGAGGAGCCCCCACAGCCCAGGACUCUCCAGCUCAGCCCCCCUUGAGCCAGGCCGCCGUCUGAGCCCCAGGUGCCCUGGGCCAAGCGGGGAUUGGGAGCCCUCUUGGCCACAGCUGCCACAAAUGAACGGAGGCUCAAACCUCUGACAAGAGGAAAAGGGCCAGCAAAGCCUCAGCUCGAAGCAUGAAGAGAGCAGACUUCAGGCUGCUCAGGGAACUGCUAAGCAAGGUCCCUGGGGAAAAUGGUUUUGAAGGUGCUGGGGUCCAUCAGUGCUGGUCGCUUUGGUAACAUCACCUCCUAAGGGCACAGAGCAGGUGAUGCCCAAAUGUCAGAAGCCGAGCAGGUGAGGCAUGAGACUGGCUUGCCUGGACAGGCAUCGUCUCUGGGAAAGGGGAUGGAAAAGGAAGCUUUGUGCCCUGUGAAUCCAGGUCAGGAGAAGA